AAUGGAUAUUUCAGUUAUCAAUAGCCACUGAAGUGGAUCAGGUCCACAUUCGACAAAGCAGAGCUUCUGAGGACUCUCUCCAUAAAGCCAGAGCCUUCAUAUCAUCCUAUUACAUCACCUCUGCAUAGGCCACGUACGUGGCACACAGACAGCAGGUUCAUGUUUAUAUGUAUAACUAACUGCUCAGUAGAUCUGCUCACAUGUCACUACCAUGUCUUCGGACCUGAUUCAUCUUAGUCCCAAACAUAUCCAGCAGCAUGGAGUGUGAUUCAUCCAGUCUUAGUAAUGAUGUAUUUAAGUAAUUCUGCAGGGAUGACAGACUCUCCUCUGUCAUCCAUUCCUCUCUCUACUCCCCCUGCUCACUUACACAGAGAUCUCUGGUAAUUAGGUGAUGAAUGCUUUUAUGGCCCAGCAGCAGCCUAGCACUGAUUCAGCUGCAGGUAGCACACAGCUCCUCCUCAGCCAGUCCGUGACAGCUACCAGGCAAAACAGCCUUUCAGUGGGAUAGAAAUAGAAUGAAACUAAAAUGAAAGAUGGAAUAACUAAAUUCAUUAAAGGGGAAUAGAAUUACUUUAUUCCUGGAGACAAAGUGGAGUGUGUUUGUUGGAAGUAAUCUGUUCUCCUCUGAGGCUGUGAGACAGAGCUCAGUCCCCAGUCAGUGCUGUGAUGACUGGUGUGUUGUCAGUGAGACAUGACCUCUAAUGAAGCGUUUGCUGAACUGACAGAUUCAGACACUCUGUUGUGGAUGCUGCCUCAUUAAACCAAAUGAGCGAGAAAAGAGGAGGUGAACGAAUGUAGGGAGGGGUUUAAAUCCUCAUUACUGAUGAUUUUCACAUCCACACACUGAGACAGAACAAAGUACAGCAUCUCCAUGUUAUGCUGGUAGUCCGAACUCUCUUCAUCAUUUGAAAAGUAAUUCUCAAAACUUUUACCUUUAUUUCUAUGUCCUGCUGUGAAUUACUUCCUUGUUGGAAACUGAAAGUGUAGUGUAUGUUGUCGAGGCAGAUUCUGUAAAUGAUCUAUUAUUAUGCCUGAACAGUUUGGAGCGUGGAGGGGAAGAGGUAUGGGGCUAGAAAAAAAGCAGGGUCUUUCAAGCAUUAACUUGGAGUUACAAAGUAACCUGUAGGGAGAGUUGUCAUAGAAACAGCUCAUUAUAAUGAAAAAUGAAAAGUAUAAAGACAGGGAUGGGGGCACAGACCUUCCAUUUUAACCACAACUAAAACUGUUACCUCACUUGUACAGCUGCAACAUACAGAAUGGAGACCUGAGAUGUAUGCCACCACAACUGACUAGGGGAGUUAUUGUGUAACUAAGGGUGUCAUACCAACGGGCUAUGCUAAUUUAUCAAGAAAGAAAAGUAAACUACAGUACAUCAAGAACCGUAGCAGCUGGUGGCGGAGCGGUAAACACCACAUACAACCAAACGAAUGAGAGAACAUGAGCGGAGGACUCAAAACAAGUGAGGUGAGACAAGUUCUUCUGAUUUCAACACUGAAAGUAACUUAGACUGCCCUCAUAAUAUUAACAAACCCAAAUUAGAGUGUGAUUGCUUGGCUCAUCAACAGACUUUCGCUAAAAGCAUAGCAUAGCAGCCUAACGGCCAUAGCAGAGGGCUAGUGGUGGACUAUGGGCUCUACAGGAUCCAGGUCCAGGCUGAGUCAGGUGGCCCCAUGUCACAGUCAGCCAGAGGGAGACCUGGACCAGCAGGCCAGUCAUCCCACCUCACAAUGGACCAUCUCUGCUGUGCCAACCCCACUGGAGCCACAACAUGGGCCCCUAGGACAUAGUAGGACUAUCCUGCUGCCCCCACUGAAACUGGAAAACUCUGCAAGCUUCCCCCCACCAUCUACAGGUCAGUAGACAGAUUAUUUUGUCUCCAAAUGUGGUUGUCAUCAUCACGAAGGCUUAACUGACUUGUGUGUCUAUGUGUGUAUAUGCAUGUGUGUAAGAAUCAUCAUAUGUAGCAAGCAGCCUUCCACAGAGUCAAAGCAACAUUUGGGGACCAAGCAUCAUUCAUUCUCAUCCACCACGAAGACUACAGGUCAGAACAGUAUAGCUUUCGCUACCAUUUUACUACAAACUGUCACAAACAUUCUUGUUCAAGUGUUCCUAAAUUCCUACUUUAUUUUCCUAUCUCUGUGAAAUAAAUUGUAUUUCAAUUUAGUGUCUCAGACUUCACAUUGGGGGAAGAGUGGCUGUGUUAUUGCAUUGGAUGUUGUUGUGAUGUACUGUACUGUUUACCCAUGCAGACCUCCCAUCAUUCUCUCUCCUCAGGCGUUGCAACCACUGGCCCCUCUUAGUGCAGGCCUCAAGGUUACUGCCAAUCACAUGGCCAUGGGCAGAGACUGGAGAGAUGGGGGUGUCCUCCACUUUUCUACCCCCAGCCAGGGUGCACACGAUGGCACCGGCCGCCAUCCGCAGGGAGGACUCCUGGAGGCACAGAUGGUCCUCAGUCAACAGGCCCAGCGAAGAAGGAGAGCCCACCAGAGACGAGUCCGAGAGCAGCGGGUCCACGAGAGGACAAUCUACAUAGAUAAUGUUGAAGCACCAAGCAGCAAAGGGAUACAGAGACUGCAUCUGCUAAACAGGCCAACCCAAAGGGACAUAUUUUGGGAUGAGAUGACAGGAGAGAGUCUCGACCUCCAGGAGAUCCUCCAAACAAGCCCCCUUCCCCUGGAGCAGGGAGAGAGACAGCAGUCCCAGCCUGGACCACCACAGUGCCUGUGUAGGGAUGAAGAGCUGAUCAACAGAGACUUGGCAUGGGGAGGCCUCAGGAGUCCUCACCGGAAAACCAAUACUCUCACAGACAGAGUAGAAGGGGAGACAGAUGGUGGACUGACCAUGAGGAAAACCUUACCUUCGAUGCUGGACUGGAAGACAGAGAAACAAAGAGAUACAAUUCCCAAACACUUGAGCUCUUUCGAGGAUAGUGAGAGGGCUAGUAGGAGGCCUCUGAGAGGCUGGCAGAGAGAGGGCAUUAGAGGUCUAUGUCAUGGGGAGAGAGGGAUUUGGGAACCUGACCUGGAGUAGGAGCUGUUUGAGAGGUUUACUCAUCUGGAUUAGAUCGGAUCUCCAAUCUCAGUUUGCGAAAUGCUAAUGGUGUAUAGGUGGUCACUUCAUUUUGAAAAUCAGAAAUUGUAGCUCAUUUAUCUUUUAAACUGUUAGCAUUUUUACUGUAUGAUGGCAAACUAAAUACUGGUUUGUCAUAACCAAAGUAUUUCAGAGAAUGUGUCCACCACCAGUGUUAAACUAUCACCUGAAUGUAUUCAUAGGAUUGCUUAAUUAAAAUAGCAGCUGUGGUUAAAGUCUAGGAUUGCUUCAUUAGAAUAGCAGAUGUGGUUAAAAGUCUCAUUGUGGGAACAAAUCUGUUUUCCAUAACAAAUAAAUGUGUUUAUGA